AACAUAGUUCCGAACAGUCGGUGAUAAACUACGUACCUCGUCGCUUUAUUCGGUCUUUCUACUUUGAGUCGUGUAGCUAACAUGGCUUCCGCAGAGAAAUUAGGCGUGUAUGCUCUCGUACACGAUUUUCUGGUGAAGGAUGAUGCCGCCUUGGCGAAAAUUUUUCGAAAAAAAACGAAUGCGCCUUCUCUGCCCAAUGAUGCACCAACGCUACUAGAUAUUUACCAGUAUUACCAAAAGCACUGCCCCAGGAAACUUAAUAUGAAAGUGCAAGCUGAAGAUAGUAGUUCAGAUUCAAGUUCAGAAAGUGAAGAAGGUCCGAAGAAAACCAAACAAAUCAAUGGCGACUCACAAAUUAAAAUGGCUUCAAUUAAACAAGCUGCAGAAUCUUCUUCCGAGGGCUCUUCUUCUUCCAGUGAGGAGGAAACGACAUCCAAGAAACCAGUAAAAAAGCCAGAAGCCCCUAAGGUUGCACCUAAAGCUGUAGAAGAAGAAGAUAGUUCUGAUGAGAGCUCAUCAGAGGAAGAAGUGCAGAAAAAAACAAAAGAGAAUAAAAAGAAAAAGAAAUCGUCGAACGAAGAUAAUAAUAUUUCUAUCAAACUUGGAUCAAAAUUAUCCAAAAAGGCGACAUCAACUCCCAUAGUAACUCAAAAAUCAACGCCGAUUGCCUCGGAAACACCCAAGUCCCAAAAAAAGGCCAAGUCGACAUUAUCUGCAUCAGAAGUGCACAAGUCGACACCAAUGCCAUUAGUCGCUCACAAGUCUGUACCCACUGCAAAGAAUUGCAAAAAUAUAAAACCUAUGAGUUAUGACGAUUCUGACGAUUCUUCGGAAGAAGAAGAACGGGUAGCCAAACCAACACCCGUAAUACUUAAUAAAAAAGCAGAAUCCUCCAGCGACGAUUCUGAUGAUUCGUCAGAAGAUCAGAAGCCGGCUGCCAAACAGCCACCUGUAAAAUCUAUACCAAAACUAAGUCAAACAUUGCAGAGUAAACAGAUUAAACCAACACCAGCGAAAGUGACGAAGGAAGAGUCGUCGUCGAGUGAAGACAGCAGUGACGAGGAUGAAGAGGAGGAGCCGAAGAAAGCUGUUGCUAAAAAGCAGCUACCAACAAUGUCAAUAGCAGCAUCCGCUAAGAUAGAAUCUAUGACUGAAGAUGGCGUUGACAAAAAGAAAUCAUUGAAAAGACCAGCUCCCGGUAAGGUUGCGGCAACACCAAAGCCGACACCCGUUGAAAAAGAAUCCUCCAGCGACGAGGACAGUAGCGAAAACGAACCUCCCGCUAAAAAGGCAGCACCUGUUGCGAAAGUUCAAGCUAAGAAGGAAGAAUCGAGCGAAGAUUCCGAUGAUUCAGAUGAAGAAGAGACACCAGUAGUAAAGCCAGUCACUAAACCGGCGAUUAGCAAGACACCAAAGAAGCAGAAAUCUUCCAGUGAAUCAUCAGAUUCAGAAGAUGAAGCGCCGGUCAAGAAGGCACCCGCGCCGACAAAAACGCCGGUGAAAGAGAGCGCGCAGAAGAAGGAAUCGUCAAGCGAGUCGAGCGACUCAGAUUCGUCCGAGGAGGAGAAACCUAAAGCAGCGGUCAAAGCUACACCAGCAAAAGCUACUGUAAAAGCGGCGCCUAUCAAACAGGGCUCGAGCUCAGAGGAGAGCGACUCCGACGAAGACGAAGCACCAAGUCAGGUGCCUGUCGCAUCGCACAAGAGGAAACGAGCAAAUGAGGAAGAUAAUAAUUUUACUGAAAAUACGAAACAACAAUCGAAGAAAAAUUAUGACAAUUUCGUGAAAGCGAGCAAUAACUUCAACAGUGAUAAGCCCAAGAAAAUGGCUCCCUUCCGUCGUGUGAGAGAGGAGGAGAUUACAUUGGAUCCAAAAUUAUCUAACAAUUCUUUUGAAGCAAAGAGAGGUUCACGUGGAUCAUGGGGCGAACGGGCUCAUCAGGAUCUGAAACAUACGAAAGGCAAAUCGUUUCGACAUGAGAAGACCAAGAAGAAGCGUGGUAGUUACCACGGCGGACAAAUAGAUACUAGUGUUAAUUCCAUUAAAUUUGAGGAUUAAACAAUUAUUAGUACAUGUAACAUUGAAUUUUCUUUUUUUUUUACCAUUGCAUUUAGAUCAUUAAGGUUAAGAUACUAUCUUAUGCUGCAAACAUUUAUAUUGAAAUAUUCUGUAAGACGUUUGCUCUCAAGAAUUCUGAAAGAAUGAACGGUUGAUUAUAUAUUAAUGCCGAACAGUAUAUAUAUAUAUAUAUAUAUAUACACACGGUUUUUACAAAACCGUGUAUUUUCCUUAAGCUAGCGUCAUACGAUACAAAUCAUAUAUGUAAACAGCUCAGUUUACCACACAGAUCUAAUGCACGAUAGCAGUUUAUGCGAGGAACUAAAUUGAAGCGUCCUGGUCUAAAAUCAUACAUCGUGUGAUUCUAGUUUUACAACAUAUGUUCAUAAUUUUUAUAAUGUCUGCUAUAUAAUUUUAUUCACAAUCAUAGACUACUCUAUAAUAUACUAGAGUGCUAGCAUAUUCGGCUAUAUAAUAUAGAAAUAAAUACAUAACCAUACUGCCAUAUUUCAGAAAAGCAAAAUAUGCGCAUAGAGUAUCAGAAAAAGAGUUAUGCAAAAAACGUUGUUUUAAACCGAUUUCAGUAUCCAAAUAUCUUAUAUGUAUGGUUUAAAAAUGUAUUGUUUAAGAUGUAACAAUGUUACACAAGCAGAAAUAUUUUACUUCUUUAAAUUUCACAGUAAUGGACACAAAAACAUACUAAACUGAACUGAAUCGAGUGUUCACUCGAUAAUGCUUUUUACCAUUAUGAUCUUAAUUCUCACCACCAUAGAUCUUAGUAGUCUAGUAUAUUGUACAGGAAUCUACGUUCACGAUAUAUCACAUAAAUAUGUGUUGAUUAUAUCAUAAAAAGAAGAGAGCUUACACGCGCGGAAAGUGUCAUUACUGAGAUUAAUGUGUGCAUUUUACAUCGUUACAAUAUAAAUUGAGAAAAAAACUAGUAAGAUAUGUCAUGUAACCAAGGUAUCUCUGUUGUUGCUAAGAAAUUCGAUGGCUAUAAGCUCUAAAAUUUAACAUUUAUUUUUUACAACAAAGAUCCAAGUUAUAAAUUCGACACAUAAAUAAUUAUAAAUAUUCAUUUAUUUUAUUUAUAUCGAAAAGUUUCAAAUAAUUAUUUAGGAAUAAUUAUUCAUGAAACUACGAUUUUUCAAUUGGAAACAUGUUUUCCAUCACCUACCAUUGACAGCCAAUGAAAUAAAAAUUGUUCUUACUCCUCGGAAACAAUAAUGUUUCAAAUUCAAUUCUCUCAAUUCAAAUUCUACAAUUGAUUAAUAAAAUAAUGCCAUCGAAUUUACUUUAUGUUUAUAUAUAUAUAUAUUUUUUUUUCUAUGAUUUUUUAAUAGUAUUUAAUACAUCUUCCAUGUCCAGUUUAA